GAAAGCGUUCCAGCUGAGCGCUGGUGGUCGUGAUUUUAAUUCCACAAGGAAGAUCUAUGAAGAUGACGAGAUGGACGAACCUGUGUUGAGGCUCGUGAGACGGGGUCCGAUGGACCGGCUGUGGGAGUUCCUGGACGACCCCGAGUCCAGCCGGGGGGCGUGGUUUGUGAGCGUGUGCCUGAAAAUUCUCGUGUUCAGCUGCGUCGCCUUCAGCUUCUUUCAGACAACUCAGAGUCCCUUUGUGGAAGAUGCCACAAUUGCAGCCGCCGUUGAGACUGCAUUUGAUGCCAUCUUCCUGGUGGAGUUUCUUUGUCGCUUCGUUUCUGCUCCGUCCAAGUGGAGCUAUCUGGUUGAUGCCAUGAAUUGGCCGGACCUUUUCUCUGCCACAGGGCUACCGCUGAGGGCUGCUGCAGGCUUCCUGCUUAUGUCCCCUAAAACCACUUGGACGAGCUUGGAUGUCAUCCUUCUCUUCUUUCUGCCGCUGGUUCGCUUUUCAAAGCUACUUCGGUACUUCGAGAUUUUCAGGCUUCUGAGUGAAGCCAUGUACAAAUCCGUGGAGGCUUUGCCCUUUCUCAGCUACCUUGCUGCCAUUAUCACAUUCACAGCUGCUACGGGCCUUUUUCUCGUAGAGGAAAGAAGCAACAUCCCCAGCAUGCCGCACUCACUGUGGCUGUCCAUUGUAACCAUGACCACCGUGGGCUAUGGAGACUUCUUCCCCACAACCACGGAAGGAUACAUCAUUGCAUCUUUUCUGACCUUCACCAGCAUGCUUUUCUCUGCGCUACCUGUUGGAAUUAUCGGCCACGAGUUCAUGGAUUGUUGGCGAAGCCGCUCUCAAGUCCUCUUGAUCACGCGGCUGCGGAAGAAUCUCGAGAAGUGGGGCUACUCUUCUCAAGACGUUCGAGUCUUGUUCGAGCAUGUGGACGAGGAUCUGCGUCGCGAUGGGGAUGGCACGCUGAGCUUAGCCGAAUUUCUCGAGUUGAUUCAUCAGAUGCGGAUUGGCAUCAGCUUCGAUAAAGCUUUCAAGAUUUUCACGAUUUUCGACGAUGACCAGAACGACUCGCUGGACUACCACGAGUUCCUGAAGCACAUCUUUCCAAAGGAGUCAUGA